GAAAACGGAGCGACGUGAGCAUGGUGAGUGACGUCGAAAGGUGAAAGGGAAGGGACUCACUCGAUUUACACAUGAUUGAUAAGAUUAAGGCUAAGCUAAGCCAGAGCAAGGACGUAAAAGGCAAUAAAGAUAAUUAUCAGAGCUAAGAUUGACCAGCUGUGAGAAUGAUGGCAUCACUCUCGGGCUUGGCUUUUGGACUCCAGUCGAUGGACCAGCCUCCCUGUCCUGGUUGCUCCUCAUUUCUCAUGGAACCUUACAUUAGAUGUGCAACAUGUGGUCCACCUAAAAUUGAUUUAUGUCUCCAGUGUUUCUCAAAAGGCUGGGAGGAUGGUAAACACCGAAGCAACCAUGAUUAUGAAAUUAUUACUAAUAGCUUCUCACUGUUUGAUCCAAACUGGACAGCCAAAGAAGAAAAGGCUUUACUGGAAGGAGUUUCAGAUUAUGGCCUGGGAAACUGGUAUGAUGUGUCCAAUCAAGUAGCUGGUAAAACAAGAUUAGAAUGUGAACAGCACUACAACAAAGUCUACAUAGAUUAUCCAAAGCCUCCUCUCUUUGCUCUUCCCAUGCAAGCGGAGCUUCCUAAGUGUACAAGUCUACCAUACAGAAUGUGUGAGGAUCCCCCAAGACCAGCCAGAGACUCGCAGAAGGCAUCAUCUGAGAUGGCAGGCUAUAUGCCAGCGAGGUCAGACUUCAAUAUGGAAUAUGAUAAUUAUGCUGAGCUUGACAUCAAGGAUAUCUAUUUCCACAAUGAGACAGAUGAACUCUUAGAAGAGCUGAAAUUUGCGACAGUGGACAUCUACCAUUCCAGACAGACAGAGAGAUACAGAAGAAAGUUGAUUGUCAGAAACCUUGGACUUGUCAACUUGUUAAGAAUUCAGAUGGUGGAGCGAACACACAGCCAGGCUAUUCGUGACAUGGUUGAAAAGUUGCACAGAUUAUGUCGUCUUCACACACCCGUUGCUCAUGACAAAUUCAUUGAAGGCCUCAUAUAUGAACAAGAUCUGAAGAAUGAAAUCAAGAAGCUACAGGAGUACAGAAGAUGUGGUAUCAAGACAUUUGUAGGUGCCGAUGUUUACAAUCGAUUGAAAUCCAGGAGAGAGCAGAUGAAGGAUCGUAAGAACCUCCUAGGUGAAGUUUUAUCCAUCACUAGGGAUCCAAAUGCAUGUCAACAAUGGCUCAAAAGACAAGCACUUCUUGAAACCGGUCACAAGGAACUACCUCCAAUAUCUGCAGGACCAGUUCGAAAGCAGACACCCCCUCUGGAUCUUACUGGAUUUGUUCUGUAUGACAAGCUGAACGAGAAUGAAAAAGAGUUGUGUGCUACAUUAAGGAUCAUCCCAGAGGCAUACUUUGAAUACAAAACAUUGUUUAUUACUGAAUCUCAGAGAUUGGGUUUCCUCAAACUGAAGCAAGCCAGGACCCUUAUCAGGAUUGAUGUCAACAAAACAAGGAAAAUAUAUGACUUUUUUGUCAAGGAGAAACUCAUCAAAGCAUCGUGAGAAGACAUUCUUGAGAUUCCUCAUAGUGGAUGAACUGUAAAAGGAUUACGUCAUUCAUCAAGAAGAUCACAAACUGUAUGACUUCUAUGUCAGAGACAUGAUCUUCCUCUACAGUAUGUAUCAAGAGAGUAGGUGUCCAUGUCAAGACACAGGAACAAUACACAUCAUCCCGGACUAGUCCAGUUUUACAUGCCAGGAAAGAUGUGAGUUACAUUCCAAGAUGAGGAAAGGAACCUAGAUUGGCGUUGGGCUGCCACCAUUAACUUCAGAGGAUCGACUGUUUGUCUCUCAGCUGUCUUCAUGUACUGGACGCUCUUCUCCGUUGAUCACUUGCGACAACACAGCUCCCACUGCUAUAACUGACACAUCUCUAGUGACGAAUAUCUCAGCAUUCGGAUCUAAAUGUGUGACUAUCGAUGGCGAGGCGAUCAUUGACUUGAGCGUGUCAAAUGCAUGUUGCUGCGUGUGAGACCAUUCCCAAGGCGUGUCGCUACGCAACAAUUUCGGCAAAGGCUCAGCAAUCACUGCGUAUUGCGGGACAAACUUCUUAUAGAAAUUUGUUGUACCAAGAAACAAUACCAGCUGCUUCGCAUUCUCAGGGGCAUCUAGCUUACGGGUAGCUUUGAUGCUAUCAAGCGGAGGCUCCACACCAGCUGCUGAGGCUCUGUAGCCUAAGAAGUCGACUGUUGAUGCCAUGAAUGUGCACUUCUCUCUGUUGAGUGUAAGGUGCUUUGCAAGCUCGGCGAGAACGCUAUUCAGACGCUUGUUGUGCUCUUGCAUGUCGCGACCAUGAAUAACAACGUCGUCUAGGAGUUUGAGAGUUCCUUCACACUCCGCGAGAAUCGAAGAUACUAUCUUCUGGAAUGCACUUGGUGCUGAACUGAGACCAUACGGCAUGCGUUUGUACUGGAACACACCAUCAUGCGUAAGGAAUGCGGUGAGGUAUAGGCUGUGCUCUGCUAGUGGAAUCUGUAGGUAGCUCCUGCGCAUGUCAAGCUUUGUGAAGAUUGUAGAGCCAUGAAACGAUGCAGACAGCUCUUGGAUUGUAGGUAACGGAUACUUAUCCGGUAUGAUGGCCUUAUUGACCGCUUUGAGGUCAGUACACAGACGGAGUUCUCCAUUAUUUCGGCGUGCUAUCACAAGAUUUGAUAACCAUGGAGACGAAUCUAUGCGUUCGAUGAUGUCUUCGCUUUCGAGACGGCGAAGUUCUGCAGACACUUCUUCACAAACUGCGAAAGGUAGACGGCAAAGGCUCUGCGAAACUGGACACACUGACUGGUCUACCCUUGGUGCAUGGCAGUACCCUGUAACGACUCCAAAGUUUUCAAACAGGGACGCAUACUCUGACACGUGAGAGUUGAUGAUGUUAACUUUGCUCGCCUGAGGGAUCACAGAGACGUAAUCCCAGCACUUCAAAUAAGUCAACCCCAAGGAGACUCUUACCCUUCGUGACAUAGAGCAGGCAGUCUUGUCCUGGUAGCUUGACGCAACCUUCAGCAGGAAUCGACUUGUCAGGGUAUGAAAUCAAGUUGAUGGGUGCUGGUGUUAGCGGAACUGUAGCAAAGAAACACUUAUAUAUCAUAUCAUUGAUGAUAGUGACACUCGAUCCGACAUCAAUCAAGAAAUGGAGUGGUACGCCAUUCACCUCAAUCUCACAGUACUUGAAAUCACCACCAUUCCCAAUACUUGUACACGAAAGCUGGAUGACCAUGCUCAGAUGAUGUACUGGAAUCUUGCUUAACAUGACGAACACUCUUGCCCUUGGAGUGACACAUCUUUUUGAAGUGAUUCAACUUCGAACAAGCUCUGCACUUUUUUCCAUUAGUAGAGCAAGUGUUUCUUUGGGUGUACCCUUCCACAAUUUCUACACUCUGAUCGUUGCAGCUUUGCUUGUGACUUCUGAUAUUGCCCUUUCUUCGAAACACUCUGAACUCGUGCUUCAGCCGGUGUUGCUGGAAGUGAAACAUUAUCCUGACUAGUCCGACUCAAUGUUUUAUAAUCAAGAAGAGCACCUUUAACAUUCUCUGCAACAAUUACAGCCUUCUCUAGAUUCAAAUCAUCAUUAUCCAUCAAUAGUCUUUCUCUAAUACGUGGGUUACUCGUUUUCCCAAUAAGUCGGUCCCUUAUGAGUUCAUCUUUCAAAUGCCCAAACUUACAGGUAGAUGCCAAUUGCUGCAAUGCAGCUACGUAUUGCUUGACGGGCUCUUCGUUACCUUGGGCCCUUUUCCUGAAAUUAUAGAUUCUAUCAUCACACUAUUCUUAGGACCAAAGUACUUAGCAAGCACCUCAACAGCAUCACUGUAUUUGCUCAGGGACUCACCACUGUCCUGUGCGAGUUGAUCGAGAAUCCGCUGACCCUCUGCGCCUAAGAAGUGGGCGAGGAUGGCUCUCCUCGGCCGGGGCAGAAUCCAAACCAGUUGCUAACAAGUAUGUUUCGAACGUUGAAGUCCAUCUCUCCCACGGAGUAACUGGAUCUCCUGGGGUGGCCAAAAAGGGCGCUGGGGCCGGUAGAUUCAAAGUAGUGGACAUACUCGACACCAGAUGUUAUGUUCGAGUCCAAAUAAUCAAACUUUAUGACAUAAAUUUCUGGUUCAAAGUACACCUUUGUUAUGGUUAAUCAGAUCUACAAGCAGGGAACUACGCCCUCAGACGGUAUGGAUGUUAUGGAAAGACCACAAAUUGUCGCAAUGAGCACGAUGAGAAUUUUUCACAAUAAAAUCCAGGGCAUUCAAUCGUUCAUGGGUUGGGUGUCAUACCCAAAAUCAUCGUCAUAAGGGUUUGCCGAAUGAAUGAAAUCUGUUGGAACAAUUUCCUGUAUCAGAAUGGUUGAUUCACGUUAGUGGAGGCCCACCCCCUGUCUUUUGAGUGUUCCUCUUCCACUCACCAUACUCCUUUUUGGCAAUGCACCACAUUUUCUUCCAUUUUUCCUUUAUUUGAGGAAGUAUCCAUUUUUGCCCAAACUUUUUCUCCAUUUAACUUUGAACUUCUUCCCAUGCUUCUACUCUUUUGUGUUAGACUGGAUAUCGGUUCGCUUGUUGGUCGUGUAUUAGCUCUAGCAAAUAAGGUCUCUUGUUGGAUUGCCAGUUAGCACUUCUCUUUGCACCAUCCAUUUUGCUGCUACAUGUAUGUGAGUAGCAAGCAGCACAAAACUAUACUGAGCAUGCUCAGUAAAGUUUUAUGAUGUAGAUGACAGUUUGCUAGCUUCAGUUCAUGAUUAAGCCCACACUUUGUGAAAUGCUCGGUGGGCUACAUUAGCUCACAGGGGAUAGUUAGCCCAUGGGCCAAAUUUAGACCUGGCUAUUGAAAGUUAAAAGUCAACCUUUGAGAAUUCGGGCUAAUGUGGUCACAGUCUUCUAAGACCUCAUAUUUGUCCCUGCAUUUCAAUGAUAGUUCUAUGAAUUCAUAGGUGGCGCACAGGUUCGUGAAUCCACCAAAUUUCCUCCUGUCCUUGGCACAGGGUCGAGAGGAAACUUUCUAUAAAUGGAUGUAGGCAUUGCUGAUGGCCAUAUUUAUAACUCCCCAAAGAGAUUACCGGUAGAUCUAUGUAUUAUGAAGUUGAUUUUCUCCAUCAAAUCCUCCCCAUUCAUGCCUUCACACAUUCUGCAAUCACAGAUGGAAUUGAGAUAUUCUUCCAUUAAAAUCUAGUGUAUGCUUGCCAAUAUCAUUCCCUCUCCCAAUAGUUGAAAUGUUGUAAAUGUACAUCUUGCUGGUAAUUCUUCUUUAUGAGGAUGAUGAGGCCUUCCUUGCCUUUGGCCCACUUCACAUUGUCAUAACUCUCUAGCCUCAUUUCUGAUGUCACACCAUCAAUGUUGCUCCUCGCAAGAUAAGCAUUCUGCCUUGUAGUUAAAUCUCUCAAAACUCGGUCCACAUUUCCAACAAUAUAUCACUAGCAAUCUUGUGUAUUCUAUGAAAAACUAAAUGCAACACUGAUUCAUUUCACUCAAUCCCACCACCACUUAUAACAAUUCAAUAUCUAGAGUUGGGGAAUUUUUAUACAUGCAUUGUGCUGGUUGAACCUGUCACGGCAGCUCGUUAAUCACUGUGCUAGUUUGAAAGAUAAAACGUAGUUCAUUAUUUAUUUCUGUGCCCUCUCCUGGUUUCCUAUAAUACAGAGCUACAAAUACUACCAUAUCAAUGAGAGAAACAGGAUUCAAAUGUUUUAUCUUGUUAUGUAUGGGAACUCUUUAAAAGAAGCUCCAUUGUUAUGUACCUGAACUUGUUACGUACUGGUAUACAUAUUUAUUAGAAGAAUAAUAAAGACUGAAAUUAAUUUA